AUAGUCGGUGAAGAUCAACUCGAGAAUCGCCAGCGGACGCAGAGUUCAGUUUGCUCACUAAUUGUAAUCGAGGUUCGAGUAUGAGUGACCUUUUGGUUAAAGUUGAACAGGGGCUCCUUCGCGGUGCUGUGGUAAAAAGUGUUGUCGGAGAGUCUUACAUAGCAUUUAAAGGUGUUCCAUACGCAGCUCCUCCCGUAGGGAAAUUGAGGUUCAAGGACCCAGAACCUCUGCAACCAUGGACAGGUAUCCGAGACGCACUGGAAGAGGGACCAAAGUGCGCUCAGUUCAAUCUAUUCACCAAGUCGAUAAUUGGCGAUGACGAUUGCCUUUAUCUGAACUUAGCGACACCUUCACUAACGGGGUCACGACCCGUCAUGGUUUGGAUUCACGGAGGACUUUUUAGUUACGGUGACGGAGGUUCUGAUAUCUACAGUCCAGAUUAUUUGAUGAAGACGGACAUCGUCCACGUCGGCAUUAAUUACAGACUUGGUAUCUUGGGAUUUCUUCAACUUGAGCACGAAGCUGCGUCGGGCAACAUGGGGCUUAAGGAUCAAAUCGCCGCCCUGAAGUGGCUGAAGGAGAAUAUUGCUCAGUUCGGUGGUGAUCCAAACAACAUCACACUCUUCGGGCAAAGUGCCGGUGCUGUUUCUGCUCAGUAUCUGCUGCUAUCUCCACUCGCUAAAGGCCUUUUCCACAAAGCCAUCAUGCAGAGUGGAGUUCUCUCAGUGCCCUGGGCAUGUGUGUCAGAGCCAUUGAAAAUGGCGCAUCGUUACGUCGCUGCUUUUGGCAAAGAUAUCACCGACCAGAAUGAGAUCGUCGAAUAUCUUCGUACUAUUCCAGCCCAUAAGCUUAUUGAGAUGCAGAUGAAGAUAUCAACCCCAGAGGAAACAAUAAAUCUUGUACUUCCGUUUGGACCGACCGUGGACAACAAAAGCAUGCGACCUUUGAUGCCCAAGCCCAUCGAAGAACUUGCUCAAAAAGGUAUCGACGUUCCCGUUAUUAUCGGAUACACCGCUCACGAGGGAGCUAUUUUCUUUUCGCGCGAUUUUCAACCGAAAUAUGCAAAACUUGAUAAAAAUUUUGAGGCCUCGGCGCUUCGACCCUUGACCGCAAAAGCGCCAUCCAAAGCAGCGGUAAUCCUCCAAGAGAUCAGGAAGUUCUACUUCGAUGGUAAGCCUGUGACUAAAUAUCCCGCUGCCAAUUACGCGCGGUACAUAGGAGAUCUACAAUUUAUCCGGGGAGUUCACAGGAUGGUGGAUAUUCAGCGUGAGAAAAAAUCUCCGACGUAUCUUUACAGAUUUGCCUAUGACAGUCCUAGGUCAGUCACGAAGAUCAUGUACAACGUAGAUGAGAAAGAUGUCAUCGGUUUCGGGGUUUCACACGCUGAAGAAAAUCCGUUUCUGUUUUACCCGUCAAUGUACCGCGAGCACGUGAAAAUGGAGCCUGGCUCCCCUGACCAAAUGGUUAGUGACAGGUUGAUCAGACUAUGGACGAACUUUGCAAAAACUGGUAAUCCAACUCCACUGAUCGAUGAUUUGAUAACUACGGUGUGGAAACCAGUGACCAAGGCAACCAAGAACUAUUUGGAAAUCAAUGAAGAACUUUUCACUGGUGAGGAUCUCGAUGAAGAAAUGUGUGAGACGUGGAAACGCAUCGAAAUGGUCUCCAAUACCUCAUCUGAGCGUUUCCAUCCCGGGAGAAGUUCCACUAUGAGCGGGCCUGUCGUUAAUGUCAAACAAGGAUCCCUUCGUGGCAUAACAGUAAAAAGUGUUAUCGGAGAAUCUUAUCUCGCUUUCAAUGGUAUACCAUUUGCAGCGCCUCCUAUAGGUAAUUUGAGAUUUUCGCCAGAAGAAUCUUUCGUUUUCUGCAAUCAGCUUGAAAAUGGGACGUCAGCAUACUUUUUUACAUCUGACUAUUUUGGUUUUAACUUAAAAUUUAAAUAUGUUUAUUCAAUCUUUGGAGCUCGAUGGAGCUGUGUACAAAACCGCUGGUGUCUAAUUUGGCCGUAUCCAAUGAUUCUCUGUAUCCAAUCGGCUUGUGUCCAAUUAGGAGGUAAAGUGGUUGAAGAAAAAACCGACAAUUUGUUGGAGCCUCAACCUCCUCUGCCAUGGAAGGGUGUACGAGACGCUGCAACAGAGGGACCAAAAAGCGUCCAAAUCGAUUUCUUGACAUCGACACCGAUUGGCGACGAAGAUUGCCUUUAUCUCAACAUAGCCACCAAAUCGUUAAAAGGAUCUAGACCGGUGAUGGUUUGGAUUCACGGAGGAGCCUUCGUAUUUGGUGAUGGUAGAACCGAAUUAUGGAGCCCAGAUUACCUAAUGAAGACGGACAUUGUGUACGUGUCGAUUCAGUACAGACUUGGAGUCCUCGGAUUUCUGAAUAUCGAUCAUAAGGCGGCACCCGGAAAUAUGGGUCUGAAGGAUCAAGUGGCGGCUUUAAAAUGGGUUCAAGAAAACAUCGCCCAGUUCGGAGGCGAUCCGAACAAUGUUACCAUCUUUGGAUGCAGUGCUGGCGGUGCCUCCGUACAUUAUCUCCUUUUGUCACCUCUAGCUAAAGGUCUCUUUCACAAGGCCAUUAUCCAGAGUGGCGUGACAUUGAAUCCCUGGGUAACCACUUCAAACCCAGUCGUGACUGCUCAGAGCUAUGUUGCGCUACUUGGAAAAGAAACCACUGAUCCCAAUGAGAUCGUCGAGUAUCUGCGCACGAUUCCAGCGAAUAAGCUUAUACUAGCUGAACAGCAAAUUCAGACCCGAGAGGAUAAGAUUCGCUUUAUGUUUCCAUUUCUACCGAGUGUCGAUAGCAAAAGCCAACAACCAUUUAUGCCAAAACGCCCCCUAGAACUUGCCAAAAAUGGUUUCGAUGUGCCCGUGAUCAUUGGAUACACCAGUCAUGAGGGAAGUUUUUUCCUAAUGGGACUUACAACACUGGAUCUACCAUUUGUUGAUGAAAAUUUCGAGGUUGCGGUAACCGAGGACUUGGUCGAGGGAAAUCCAUCAAAAAUAUCCGAGGUGGCGAAAGAAAUAAGAAAAUUUUACUUUAAGGAUAAACCUAUAAACAAAGACGUGAUUAGCAACUACAUCCAAUGUUAUGGAGACAUAUACUUUGCCAAUGGUAUUCACAAGGUGGUUGAAUACCAACAGAAGAAGAAAACUCCAACUUACUUUUACAGGUUUUCAUACGACACCCCCAAUUCCUUCGGUAAACUGGCUUUCGGGGUGUCAGAAAAAGGUGCUGGUCACGGUGACGAAGUUACGCGCUUGUUCUACCCAAUGGCGUUGGCUCAAAAUAUAAAAACCGACCCACGCAUAUCGUCAGUCGAUAAAACCGUGUCCGAUAAGAUGGUCAGAAUGUGGACGGACUUCGCAAGAACUGGAAAUCCAACACCGCAGAUCGAUGAUUUAAUAACCGUGAUGUGGAAGCCAGUGACGCCAACAGAGAAAAAUUACAUAGAUAUUGGUGCCGAAAUCUCUGCCGGAGUGAAUCCGAACGAAGAGGUGCAGCAGUUCUUCCGGCGCAUCUCUGAGAUUGUAAAGAGUUAAUAGUGCCCUCGUCAAAAUGAACGGUGUUUUCCAUUCGGAGCCACUUCACCGAUAAUUCAAACUUGACAUGGAUUUUUUAUUUUUUCUACCGUGCAUUAACUCCAUCUCGCACAAAAAUUUGUUAUGACGAGAAAAAAAGUGUGGAGAUACGUUUAUUUUUCAUUCGACAUUUCCGUUUGAAUUUUUAUCAAGAACAGAAAUGAAUAUAAGUGUUUUAAAUGAUGUUUCACAAAUAAACAGCAUUUGGUUUCA